AUGAGAAACCACAGUGCUGUCCUUGAGUUCGUCCUCCUCGGGCUGUCUGAUGACAUCCACAUUGAAGCUCUGCUCUUUGUGCUGUUCCUGGUGAUUUACCUCCUGACCAUGGUGGGGAACCUGAUGAUGCUUCUUCUGGUCAGAAUUGAUUCCCACCUCCAUACACCUAUGUACUUCUUUCUGGGACAAUUGUCCUUCUUGGAUCUCUGCCACUCCUCUGUCACCAUGCCUAAGCUGUUGGAGAACCUCUUAUCUGAGAAGAAAACAAUAUCAGUGGAGGGCUGCCUGGCUCAAGUCUUCUUUGUGUUUGCCACUGGAGGCACUGAAUCCUGCUUACUUGCUGUGAUAGCCUAUGACCGCUAUGUUGCCAUCAGCUCCCCUCUGCUCUAUGGUCAGGUGAUGAACAAACAGCUGUGUGUAGGGCUGGUAUGGGGCUCAUGGGGUUUGGCUUUUCUGGAUGCUCUCAUCAAUAUCUUUGUAGCUCUCAAUUUGGACUUCUGUGAGGCUCAAAAUAUUCACCACUUCAUCUGUGAGUUGCCCUCUCUUUAUCUUUUGUCUUGCUCUGAUGUGUCUGUAAGUUUUACCACCCUCAUCUGCUCCAGCCUCCUGCAUUUCUUUGGAAAUUUUAUUUUAAUAUUUUUUUCCUAUGUUCGCAUUUUGCUUACCAUCCUGGACAUCAGUUCUACCUUAGGCAGAAGCAAGGCCUUCUCCACCUGCUCUUCCCAUCUCACUGCAGUGAGCUUCUUUUAUGGUUCAGGAUUACUCCGUUACCUCAUGCCAAAUUCGGGAUCUGCUCAAGAGUUGCUCUUCUCCUUGCAGUACAGUGUGGUCACUCCCAUGCUGAACCCCCUCAUCUAUAGCCUGAAGAACAAGGAGGUGAAGGCAGCUGUGAGAAGAAUGCUAAGAAAAUGUUUCUAG